UAAAAGUCCCUCCAGUUUUCCUGCGAAGCGAUCCUUGAGUUUUUCUGACUGAAAAUCCCUUUAAAAUUGUCCUUAUUUCUGUUCGUGUCGAUACCGCAACGCCUUUGUUACUGUUUGUGCGUGUUAUUUGUGUUUUUGUGUGAUUUCUGAGGAUAAAAUAGUCGGCUUUGAGGUUACUCUCUCAGGAGCCAGAUCGUGUAGCAAGAAGAUCAAGCGCAGCAAACGAAGGACAGAAGGAACAAAAUGGACACCGAAAAUGUACCGAACAAUCGCAUGGCCGCGUACAAACAUGGAUCAAAAACGACGACCGAGCUGCGGCAGCGCCGGCACGAGGUUACGGUCGAGCUGCGCAAGAGCCGGAAGGAUGACCAGCUGCUCAAGCGGCGCAACAUUACGGAGGACGACGGUCCGACGUCGCCGCUGCAGGAGAACAACGCCCAGAGCCCGGUGACGCUGAAGUACGAGGAGAUCAUGCAGUACAUCCGGAGCGGCGAACCGAACAAGGAGUUUGCGGCGGUGCAGGCCGCCCGGAAGAUGCUGAGCCGCGAGAAGAACCCACCGAUCGACAAGAUCAUCGGGCUGGGGAUGGUACCGAUCUGUGUCAAGUAUCUGGAAGCUUCCGACAGGCCGGCCCUACAGUUUGAGGCGGCCUGGGCGCUAACGAACAUCGCGUCCGGUACGUCCGAUCAGACGAAGGUGGUGAUCGAGGCGAACGCGAUACCGCGCUUCAUCAAUCUGCUGAGCUCGCCUUCGAACACGGUGGCCGAGCAGGCCGUCUGGGCGCUCGGUAACAUUGCGGGCGAUGGCUCGAAGGCACGGGAUACCGUGCUCGAGUACAAGAGCGUCGAGGCGAUCAUCAGCCUCGUGCGGAACGCCAACACCCAGAUCUCCUUCUUGCGUAACAUCGUCUGGCUGAUGUCGAACCUGUGCCGAAACAAAAACCCGGCACCACCAUUUAACCGCAUCGAACCGAUGAUUCCGGUGCUGUCGGCGUUGCUCGACCAUGAGGACUCACAGGUACUGUCCGAUGCAUGCUGGGCCUUGUCCUACGUAACGGAUGACGACUCGGUGAAGCUGGAAUCGGUGGUGGCAGCCGGCGCAGUGCCAAAGCUGGUGCGGUUGCUUGGAUCCAACAAUCCAGCCAUCAUCACACCGGCCCUGCGUAGCGUUGGCAACGUCGUGACGGGCAACGACACGCAAACGGACGCUGUCAUCGCGGCCGGUGCGCUGCCCCUGCUUGCUGGGCUGCUUCAUCAUUCGAAGACCACGAUCGUAAAGGAGGCCGCCUGGACGGUGAGCAACAUUACGGCCGGUAAUCAGGCGCAGAUCCAGCACGUGCUCGAAUCGGGUAUCUUUACCGAUCUGGUCGAGGUGCUGGCAAAGGGUGAUUUCAAGUCACAAAAGGAGGCGGCCUGGGCCGUCACCAACACGACGACCGGUGGCUCGACCGAGCAGAUUGUGGUUCUGCUCGAGAAGUUCCACAUCCUAAAACCGUACUGCGAUCUGCUGGAAGCCAAGGAUAGCCGAACGGUACGUGUCGUGCUGAGCGGGAUCACCAACAUAUUCCAGAUCGCAGCCAACGUCGGUGGUCUCGAGAAUAUGUGCACCAUGUUCGAGGAAAUCGGUGCACUGGAUAAGCUGGAACAGCUGCAGAACCACGAGAACGAGGACAUCUACGGCAAGGCGUUACAGCUGAUCGAAGCCUACUUCUGUGAUGAGGAUGAAGCCAAUCCCGAGUGUGCGCCGAAGGAAGCGAAUGGUGCCCUCGAGUUCAACCCCACGGCGCCGCAAAAUGGUGGCUUUUCCUUCUGAUCUGAAGACUGUUUGUGGGCAUGGGUGUAGGUUUUUUCCAAUUCGCGCUGUCUUUUUAAAACAUGUUUUUGGCAUUCCCCCGAUUUAAAUCAAGUUGACUUAUCACAUUAGGCGCACUGGUUUGCUGCUGUCUUAGUAGACCUAUUAUGCUUCAAAUUGUCUGUUUUCUUGCUCAUAUGAGCAGCAUCGUUUCUGUUUCCGUGUCCCUUCUUGAAACAACAUUCAUUGUGUAUCCCACGAUUACUUAGCUAAUGUUAAUGUCAAGGUUGCCAUCAGUAUGAGGGGUGAUCGCAGGGAUGAUAUGUGGCAUUCCUUUUUUUUAAUAAAUAAACUAAGAGUUUAAUAAUCACA